AUGCGCCAAGAAGAAGCCCCCGCCGCCGCCGAAGACGACCACCGUCAAGAAAGCGGUCGUUUUUGGGCAAAGCAAAAUGGCUCCUGCCCCGGCCCACCGCCCGAGAAGAAGGAGGAAGAGAAAAAGGAGGAGGAGAAAAAGGAGGAAGAGAAGAAAGAAGAGGAGAAGAAGGAGGAGAAAAAAGGAGGGAGGAGAAGAAAGAGGAGGAGAAGAAGGAGCCUGAGAAGAAGGAGGCUGAGAAGAAGGAGGGAGAAGAAGGCCGACGCCGAGCCCGAGAAGAAGGAGGAGGAGCAGAAGCCGCCCGAGGCACCUCCCAAAGACAACCCGAAUAUGGUGGAGAAUCCGGUGGUGUCCUUCGUCACCGACAGUUUCCCCACGGAUCCGAAUGCGGAAGCCGAGAAGGAGCAAAAGGAGGCCGAGGAGAAGGCCAAGGAGGAAGAGGAGAAGAAGAAGAAAGCCGCCGACAAGAAGGAGGGCGGCGACGACAGCAAGAAGGAAGAGAAAAAGGCAGAAGAGCCGCCAAAGAAGGAGGAAAAGGAACCCGACAAGAAUUCAGAAAAGGGAAAGUCCCCGGGAGGAAAGUCGAAACGCGAGACGGCGUCCAGUAAGGAGAAGGACAAGAAGAAGGAGGAGAGCCAGCGGAAGAGCGCCAAGAAGUCCAAGGCUGAAGGAACAUCCAAAAAGGAAGGCGACAAGCCGAAAAGCAAGAAAAAGCGUCAAGAAGUGAGCCAGCCGCCAAGCCAAGCCAAGCCAAAUGAAGCCGCCCGCCCGCCCGCCCGCCAACCUGCUCUCCGAUGU